AUGGAACGGUUACUGUGCAUUGUUCUGUGUUGCCUUGCGCUAUUGACUUUCGGUCCAGCACAAGUGGCCUUAUCAAACGACACUGAACCCUUCCAAGAGCUCAAGACCAACCUUAUGCUUCAGGUACUGAACCGCUUGGACGAGAUUGAUCACCGUAUAAGCAACCUGGAACGCAGAAUACAGAGUUCGAAUCAUGCCACGGCAGAAGUCAUCGCAGAGAAGUUACAAGGCAUCAGCGAUAAGCUUGAAAACAUCAACAAAACACUGCGUCAAAAUGUGGGCACCUAUUAUGCAUCCUGUCAGGAAGCACCGGCAUUUCUGAGCGACGUUUACACGAUCAAGCCGCCCGCCUCGAGUGUGGCUCCCUUCCGGGUGUACUGCGAGCAGUCCUACCGGAAGGGCGGUUGGAUAGUGCUGUUGCGCCGGUUCGACGGCUCGGUCAACUUCACCCGUGACUGGAUGGACUACCGCGACGGGUUCGGCACGGUCGAGGGCGAGUAUUGGCUGGGGUUGGAGAAAAUACACCGGAUCACCGCAGCGGAUUACUUCCAGCUGCUGGUUCACCUGAAGGACCACGAUGGCACAGUUAAAACGGCCCUGUACGAUGAAUUUGAAGUGGCCAACGAGUCCACCGGCUACCGGUUGCAUCUCGGAUCGUACAUCGAUGGGAAUGCAAACGACUCGCUGCGCAUUAGCAACGCGAUGAAGUUUUCCACCCCGGACCGGGACAACGAUGAGCAUCCGGGCUCUUGUGCGGCGUUCUAUGCAAGCGGCUGGUGGUACCGUAACUGCAUGAAUGCCAACCUGAACGGUCUUUAUCGUCAGACCGAUCCGAACAACGCGACGAUGAACUGGUUUGGCUUUCGUAACGACCUUCAGGGUUUAAAGGAGGCUACAAUGAUGAUAAGAGCAGUGGCUUCCUAG